AUGUUCGGGCAUAUUCGUCUAUUAUGUCAGGAGUUUCUUAAAUCACAAGGAUCUGAUCCGACCUUUGUGAUUUGGGAUUCUCUUGCUAAUGGAGCAGAAGGAAAAACUAGUGCUGCCCUUGCUUCGUUAGAGAAGAUCUCAAAUCGUAUUGCAAACAGCUUAGAAAUCGCAGUUGCUAAAUUAUGGAUUCAUAAAAAUGCAAAAACCCCAGAUUACGCAUCAAUUUCCGAAUUAGAAACACAAAUUGAAUCUCUCAAAUCGAAUGCAUCCGCAUCAUCCAUUGUUUCAGCAGCUAGAAUCCUUUGGCUUACAGGUGAAUUACAACAAGCUUUUGAUUUCGUCAAUCCUCUUGCAUCACAGCCACCACCUAAUAAAGAUGCUGCUGCUCUUCUUGGCUGGAUCAAACUUACAGAGCAAGAUAGAAAUAGCGGACGCUAUUUUGAUAUGGCGAAUGCCGAUGCUUCAAUACAAACACAGAAUGUUGAUCCAUUUGUCAUUUAUGGAAAGGCCAUGUAUUUCUCUACUGUGAGCAGAUGGCAAGAAUCUGUUUCACUUUUUGUUCAAUUAGCAGGAAUUGCUGAAUUUCCAGAAGCUUCUCUUGAACGAGCACGCUUGUACAUCGCCUCUAAUAGCUGGGAAUUAGCUAUUGAGUCAGCACAAGAAAAUCAAGGCCAUUAUGCAAGUGAUACAGAUUAUUAUUUCAUGACAAUCCUUCAUAAUCUUAGUCAAACAGGAAAUCUCGAAGGUGCGAGAGAAAAUGUUAAAUUAUUCUGCGAUUUAGUAUCUAAAAUCGAAGGAGAAAACGCUGCAUACAUUACAAACGUUGCAGAAGCUAUCUAUGCUUUAUGCUGGAAGGACACAACAAUUAUUCAGACCCUCAUCAAAUUAUUCCCACCACUCCUUAAUACAAAUUCCGAUAAUUCGAGGUUACUUCAGAUUUAUGGUGAACUUUUAGUAGCUGCAAAUCGACCAUCCGAGGCAAUACAAUACUUACAGAACGCCAUUGUCAUGAAUUCUGAGGCAGUUGGCGCAUACGUCGCACUUGUUUCGGCAUAUAUCUCUAUGAAAGACAUGAAUGACGCAUUUAGCCAACUUGAGCUUCUCAGUGCAAUGCUUUCAGAUGAUUCUUACCAUAUGUCUGUCUGUACACUCAAGGAAAAGCUUAAUCGCGCGAAUAAUCUUCCAACAAACGUUGAUGAGCUUAUUUCUGCCAUGCAUUCCCAUGUUGAAAUGGUCUCACAGAUCUUUUCUCCACAAAGCGCUCGCCAAAACUCCGAAAAGAAGUUGCCAGUUGAUUUAUUCUGCGACCAAAUAGUGAAUAUCAAGCUUCCUGACUUCGCAGAAGCCAUGAAUGAGGCCAUGGAGCACUGCAACACCCUGGAAAAGACAGUUGCUGAUCCUCAUAACGGAGAUGUCUGCGAUUUAAUUGUCAGAAUGCUCGAAUACGUUCCAGGAUCCGUUCCUUUCUCAUACUACCUUGCUGUUCUUGGCUUUGGCGAAGGCCGAUUCGCCCAAGUGACCAAGGCCAUCCAAUUUGUUCUCAAUUCCAAGUGGGGAUUCAAUGCAUCUCAAUGCCAUCUUCUUCUUGCUCAAAUUCGUUUGCAGAUGAAGCAAUUUGAAGAAGCAGAUGCAGCAUUGUCAAGAGCUGUUUCCUAUGAUUUCUCCAUCAGAUCAUCAUUGAGAUACAACAUGAUUCUUGCCGAAUUAUCAUUUGCAAAAGGACAAUUCGACAAAGCCCUUGAAACAAUUGAUGCUCUCAUGAAAACAGGAGAAUACACAUCAUCAAAACCUCCUGAGAAAUUGAGUAUCAUCAUUUUCAAGUCAAUGAUUCUUAAAUCGCAAGGAAAAUCCAAGGAAUCAAUUGACAACAUUGAUGAUGCAUUGACAAAAUUCACUUCAGAAAACGAGACCGGACAAUUGAAACUUACAAAGGCAUCAAUUCUUGCAGACAGUGACAAAAUACCUGAUGCAAUUUCUAUUUUAGAUUCAUUUGAUUCUAAAUCACCUAUGUUCACAGCAGCCAAAAAGAAACAAGCUGAUAUUUACCUUGAAAAACUCAAUGACAAAGCUGCUUACAUCAGAUGUUUCAAAGCUUUGGUUGACCAAUCAGAAACAAAAACAAACUUGACAUUGUUAGGUGAUGCAUACAUGACUGUCAAGAGAUUUGAUGAUGCUGUUGGUUGUUUCCAGAGAGCAGCAGAUUUAGAUCUUGGAGACACAAAGGCAGCAAUACAUCUUGCAAGAGGUUUCAUGAUUGUUCACAGAUACGAUGACGCAUUGAAAGAAUACGAACGAGCUUGUGCAAAUUCAGAAGGAGAUAACAAAGUUUUGUUUGAAAGAUGCCAUACAUUGUUGAAGCUCAGGUAUUACGAUGAAGCAGAAGAAAUCGCACAGAGUACAAUGGAUGAAAUCGAUGUCGAUUCAGGGGAUUGGGAAAGACAAUACAUUUACGCGCAAUUGGCUGAAUUGAUGUCAAUUAUUUCUCUCAAAAGAGAUGGAGAAGAAGUAUCUGCUUACAUUUCUGAAGCUCUUAAUGUAUAUGACAAAUUGACAUUGCAAAGCAGAGUUGAUAUUCCAGCAGACGCAAAACUCGAAAUAAACAAGAAAGCUGCACAAUUGUAUAUCAAAUCUGCUGAUGCAAUUAUCAACUCCGGAAAAUCUCUUGAUGAUGCAGAAGCUUAUCUAAAGAAGGCUGCUGAUUUGGAUACAGGUGGAAACAAAGCUCUUUUGAUGCUGGCUCAUCUUUAUUCAGAUAGCGGUCGAAAAGAUGACGCAAAAGAUGCAUGCCAAAGAUUAAUCAAAGAUGAUCCGAAAUGUGAAGAAGCUGCUAUGAUUUUGGCUGAAAUUUCUAUUACAGAGAACUUCACAGAACUUGAGAAUUCAUUCGAAGCAAAUCCAUCAUUCUUCCACACAUUGGUUAGACUGAUUGAGAUUUGUGCAAGAAAAGGAACACUCGAGAAAGUUCCUGAUUAUUUCACAAAAUGUGAUAAAAACUUACCAGGAUUUAAGUUCUGCAACGGUCUCUACAAUUUCUAUAUUGGAGAGCCAAUGAAAGCAAUCGAGUGCUUCCACGAAAUCCGUAAUGAUCCGGAGUGGGGAGUUAAUGCACAGUUGUAUUCGUUCCACAUUUACGCAAAUCCACAACGUCGCUUUGUCUGGUGUGAAACUAAGCCAAUUGCGACACAUAACGAGAUCGAAGCUGCUAAUAAGAUCCUGAGGAAACUCGACAUGAAUGAUGUUGACACUGAUCCAUUGCGUGCAACACUCCUUCUUUCACAGAAUACUCAGGAUUCCAUCAAAGAAGCACUGGAAAUUUACAAUAAAAACAAUUCAGAUGACAUCGCAACUAUCAUUGGAAGAUGCAGAUGUUACAUGUGUUUGGAUCAGCAGAACAACGUAACUCGUAACUUGAAUUCUAUUAUCCACAGCGAGCCAAACAUUUCAGCAAUAGCUUCAUACGUAGAAGCCUUCUUAAUGAUGACACAAAUAUCUUUGAAGAGUGGCGCAAUUGAUGAAGCAGAAAACUAUAUUCAACAAGCAACCGAUCUUGAUAAAUCGUGCGUCAAAGCUUGGGAAAUGACAGCAACAAUCUUUGAAAAGAAGAAAGACAAUAUCGGUGCUUCAGAAGCACUUUAUUCUGCUUGGGAAUUAACAUCUAAAAAUGAUUGUUCUAUCGGUUAUAGAUUGGCCUUCAAUUUAAUGAAGGCGCAGAACCCUGUUGAAGCUAUUAAAGUUGCUAGAGUCAUACUUGGAAAGCACCCUAACUUCCCUAAGAUCAAAGAACAGAUACUUAUACCAUGUUGUGCACAGAUAAGACCAUAA